CUCCUUCACAAAGCUCUCGAAUCACCAUCGGAGGCGUCGGCGCAUCGUUUGUGGCACCAGCGCUGCAGCCCUACACAUCAGAGAUCAUCGCAAACAUGGCGUCCCCUCCAUAUGCCGCGUCGCCGUCGGCCAUUUCGCCUCCUUACUCGUCACCGGUGCAGAUUACAAGCAAGAAACGAACGUCAACGAUGGAUGUCAACAUGCCGCCUGGAAAGCGCAGAAAGAGCUCCAUCGUCUCGCAGCCCCCGACUCAUCCCCUACGGCAGACGUCAUUCCCACCGGAGGCCGGCUCGCCGUAUCCAAGGUCGCCGUCGGUCGAUGCGACCUCGCAUGUCAGCGGCAGCGUGGUCAGCGCGACGGCCGGGAGGAAAAAGCGUGGCAGAAGGUCAAAGAACGCAAAGGGCGAUGAUUCUACAGAGAAGACGCCGAGCCUAGUGGGAGGCAAGGCACCUACGACAGCGAGCGGCCAAGGCGGCGAUAAGGAACUGGAGGACGAUGAGGACGACGACAAGGCCGAGAUGGCGCUGGAGGAUGCGGUCGCGCGGACACAGGAGCAGAAGCAAGAAGAAAUAAGAUUGAGGGCUAUGCUCGUGGAGGCGUUUGACCCGCUGCAGUACGAUCGAUAUGAGUUUUGGCGAGCGGCAAAGCUGUCCGAUGCGGUUGUAAAGAGGGUUGUCAAUGCAACUGUCUCGCAAUCGGUGCCUCAGAUGGUGGCCACGGCUGUCAAGGCAGUGGCUAAGCUUUUUGCCGGAGAGAUCAUCGAGGGCGCACGAAACGUCCAGGCGGAGUGGAUUGUCUCUGGAGAGAAGCAGAGCGACCUGCCAACGCCGCCACCGUCAACCGAGGAGGCAGAGAACGAGGAAGAAGUCGAUCUCAAGAGGGGCCCACUUCGACCGGACCAUUUGCGAGAGGCAUGGCGGCGUUACAAACUGUGUCACGAGAGUCGAGGAGUAGGGGUCCAGCAAUUGUGGCACGCGCAACAGGGGACUGGGGUGGAAAGAUUUUCAACAAGGACGCGGAAUAGGCUGUUUCGGUGAAAAAAAAAAGGCGCUUGUUUUUGCUCCGGUUGACAUGCUAGCGUGGC